AUGGAGUUCCUCGUCUUUCCUUGGAAUGUCCUGGAGCUGUUGUUGUUCCUCACAGUAUCCACUGAUGGCCUCCCUAUCCUGCCAUGUUCAUCUCACAGUGCUGCCUCAUAUUCACUGCUGUUUAAAGGCAAAUGGAGUCCCACUGCCUUCCCCAAACAGUACCCGAUGUAUCGACCCCCGGCACAGUGGUCACCCCUCAUAGCUGUCACUCACAAUAACAAAUACCAGCUGUGGCAACUGGGUUCUCUGGCCAGCCCAGGAAUACGGGAAUAUGCAGAAAGAGGCGUGAAUGCAACACUGGCGCAGGAGACUGAAAUAGCGAAAAACAAGAUGCAUAGCAUUGCUGGAUUCUUUAUGGCAUCAGCCAUUCCAAGUGGAAUAGGACAGAGGUCCAUUAAGUUUACAGUCCAUCCAACACAUCCACUGCUGUCCUUCAUAGUGCGGAUAGUGCCCAGUCCUGACUGGUUUGUUGGCAGUGACAGCAUCACUCUGUGUGAGGGGAAUCACUGGAAGGAGGAACUGAUGCUUGAUCUUUACCCUUACGAUGCUGGGACAGACAGUGGCUUCACUUUCUCCUCGCCCAAUUUUGCGACUGUUCCACAGGACAAAAUAACAAAGAUAACAUCAGCUUUUCCCAAUCAUGGUGCUAAUUCAUUUUACUACCCCAGACUCAAACACCUCCCUCCAAUGGCACGAGUCACACUUCGGAAGCUAAAGAGUUGGCAGUCGGUUAAAGCACCUGCUAUUGAGUUGAAUUUCAUACCCCGUGACAGGGAAAUGGAGAGGUUUUCAGAAACCCCUCUGGAUUGUGAAGUUUCCAUUUGGUCCUCUUGGGGGCUAUGCAAUGGCGAAUGCACCGGGUUUGGCACCAAACGCAGGACACGAUUUAUCCACACCAAGCCUUCCAGCAGUGGAACUUCAUGCCCAGAGUUGGAACAGGAGAGGAAGUGCAUUCCCAGGAAUUGUUUCUGGUGAUGCCUUGAGUUUGAUCUACAGUGAUGCCGUUGGCUGACAAAACUUCAGUCCUACAGGUCUCAUUUAACAGUUCCUAUCAGUGGCUGAUUAGUCAUUAGAUAGGAAACUAAGAAAUGGAAGAAGUUCA